AUGUCGGUGAUCUGGCUCUCAGUUUUAUUGAUAUCCACCUUGGCUUUAUUCUUUGGCCUCUUCUUUGGGCUAAACUACCCGGAAAUACUAGACCAUGAAUGGCCAGCGACAACAUGCACCCUCGUGAACGCCAAAAUCCCAUCCCGCUACUGCUGUGAGGCAUCACAGUGCAACCAGCUAUGCAUCAACGCGGAAUCUGGACUGCCGAAAUGCGAUUCGAUCAUAUCCCGACUCAAUGAAAACUACGAUCCACUUGCCUGCGCUGCUGAUAGUGGACAGUGUCCGCCGACGGGGAGUACAUGCGAUGGAGGGGUAGAUAAUUGCAACAGCUGUUGCUCAAUAUGUGAAGCCUGCACGACUACGUGUUCUGGAGAUCCGCAGACAUGUACAUCGUCAUGUACGACCUACCCAUGCGCCUGUCAGUGGGGUUGCGACAACUCAUAUCACAGUAACUGCAUUAUAUCAUGCCCAAACUGCUACUCUGUCGUGCUUGCCUACGCUUAUCGAACAAAGAGCGGUAGCCUCGAGAUCGUAACACAAUCCAAAGAUUUCAAGCAAAAUAAAAAUAAAGCAGGAACGUUCCUCAACGACCAUCAGUUGAAUGCUACGUCUCCCUGCCGCUAUAAUCCCCACGAUUUAUCUCAGAUUGACUUCGACAUAUCGUAUACGGGAUGGAAAUGGGCUAUCACCUCCGUUUUCGGAAUCAUCCCUCUGGCCGUCGUUUUGCUCGUUUGUAUUUUCUGUUACAUUCGCUACAGGAAAAAUCGCCCCAGUCGGCGGGAGGUACUUCACAUGGAACCUCUGCCGGCCACUUCGGUUCAGCACAAAAAUGACGGCCGUAUUGGAGUAUGA